UCGUGUUUUUGAAUUAUUGCAACAAUGGUCGAUACUGACGAAGAGUACGUCAAGAUUAUCAGCGCAGACAACUUUGUCUUUAUCGUCAGCAAGCGUUGCGCGACCGUUUCCAACACGAUCAAGUCCAUGCUCUCUGGUAACUUUGUGGAGAAGAAGAACAACGAGGUCCACUGCCGUGAAAUCCCCUCUGGAAUCCUCGAGAAGGUCUGCAAGUACUUUUACUACAAGGUCCGCCACACCAACUCAACAUCCGAGACGCCCGAGUUUGACAUUGAGCCUGAAAUUGCAAUUGAGUUGCUGAUGGCCGCGAACUUCCUCGAUGUUUGAUUAAACACAACGGUUGCAUCAUGUGUA